UGCCCGUGAUGUCGUCAGCAGCUUGGAGGAAGACCCGUGGGGUUUUUGGGUUCUGGCGUCCAGUCCUGUGGGGCCGCAGGGCUGAGAGUUUCUCCUCUGCUCCUCAUCCCUCCAUCAGCGGCCUGCGUCUCCUCCUCUCUCCUCCUCUCUUUGGGGAAAAGAAAAAAGACACUUUGCUCGCGCUCGAUUUGCCGUCCGGACUCGUCUCUGUUCUUCCCCUCGUUCUCUCUGAGGAUUUUAUUUUCCUUUUUUCUCCUCCUACUCCUUCCUUUCUUUCAACGUGACGGCCAACGCUGAGAGUUUUAAAAAUCUCUUUAAAUUAAAACUCUUCUUCGUUUUCUUCCAGAGUGAAGUUGAAUUAAAUCUAAAAACCAGAUGAAAAGUUGAAUAAACUCCCGGCUCAUCUUCGUCGUCCUCUUCCUCCUCGCCGCCGCCGGCCUUUGGACUUCCACAAAACGUCGUCCCUCCAGAAGAUCCAGCCUCCGUCUGUCCCGCAGAGCUGCUGAUUUUUCUUCUUCUUCUUGGUUUGUCCACGUCUUGCGUCGCUCUCGUGGUCGUGCAGCGGUGACGGUCGCAGCGUCGGGGCCCCGGAGAUGUUCGGGAUCCAGGACAACCUGCCCCGCGGGGCCACGGCCAGCAUGAAGGAGGAGCCGCUGGCUGUUCGCUCCUGGAUGCACUCGGCCGGCGUGGUGGACGCCAACACGGCCGCUCAGAGCGGGGUGGGGUUAGCCCGAGCUCACUUUGAGAAGCAGCCUCCGUCCAACCUGAGGAAGUCCAACUUCUUCCACUUCGUGCUGGCGCUGUACGACCGGCAGGGCCAGCCGGUGGAGAUCGAACGCACCACCUACGUCGACUUUGUGGAGAAAGAAAAGGAGCCGGGCGGAGAGAAGACCAACAACGGGAUCCACUACAAGCUGCAGCUGCUCUACAGCAACGGAGUGAGGACGGAGCAGGACCUGUACGUGCGGCUGAUCGACUCCAUGACCAAACAGGCCAUCAUCUAUGAAGGUCAGGACAAGAAUCCAGAGAUGUGCCGAGUUCUGCUGACACAUGAGAUCAUGUGCAGCCGCUGCUGCGAUAAGAAGAGCUGUGGAAACAGAAACGAGACGCCGUCGGACCCUGUCAUCAUCGACAGGUUCUUCCUGAAGUUCUUCCUGAAGUGUAACCAGAAUUGUCUGAAAAACGCUGGAAACCCACGAGACAUGAGGAGGUUCCAGGUGGUGGUUUCUACAACAGUAAACGUAGACGGCCAUGUCCUUGCCGUCUCCGACAACAUGUUCGUACACAACAACUCCAAACAUGGCCGCCGAGCCCGGAGACUGGACCCAUCUGAAGCCACUCCCUGUAUUAAAGCCAUCAGUCCCAGUGAGGGCUGGACGACGGGGGGAGCGACCGUCAUCCUGAUCGGAGACAACUUCUUUGACGGUCUGCAGGUGGUCUUCGGCACCAUGCUGGUGUGGAGCGAGCUGAUCACCCCUCAUGCCAUCCGGGUCCAGACCCCUCCCCGUCACAUCCCCGGGGUCGUCGAGGUCACGCUGUCCUACAAGUCCAAACAGUUCUGUAAAGGAGCGCCGGGUCGGUUCGUCUACACAGCUUUAAAUGAACCCACCAUAGAUUACGGCUUCCAGAGGUUACAGAAGGUCAUUCCUCGCCACCCCGGAGACCCAGAGAGACUGCCCAAGGAGGUGCUGUUGAAGAGGGCAGCUGACCUGGUGGAGGCGCUCUAUGGGAUGCCUCAUAACAACCAGGAGAUCAUCCUGAAGCGAGCGGCUGACAUUGCCGAAGCUCUCUACAGCGUUCCCAGAAACCACAACCAGAUCCCAUCGCUAGGCAACACUGCCUCACACGGCAUGAUGGGAGUUAACUCUUUCAGCGGACAGUUGGCCGUCAACGUCUCAGACACAACGCAAGGUACGUGGAAAAUUGUUCCCUCCAGUCCGACCAUGGCAGUUUCUAACUGUAACUCCUCUCACGGAGUUUUCUCCUUCUCGGCGGCCGUCAAACAGAAGAGCGCCUUCGCCCCCGUCGUCCGGCCAACAGCUUCACCUCCUCCACCAAACUGCUCCAACAACUCCAACGGGCUGCAAGAGUCCUGGAGGCAUACAGGUCCUGGAGGAGUACAGCUGCUGGAGGCGUACAGGUCCUGGAGGGGUGCAGGUCCUGGAGGGGUGCAGGUCCUGGCGGUGGCAGCAGUGUACCAGAUGGUGAUGGAGGAGAGUCUGCAGAGCGUUGAACUCCAGGAGGCUCUGGCUGCACCAGGACACCAAAUGGUCAAUAUCCCACCUGUGGGCGGACUCAUCCCCGCCGGAGAUGAGCCCACUGAGGAUGGUGUCUUCUGCAAACUUCAGGAGUGGAUGGUCGGGUGGCUGGAGGUGCAGCUGUUGUCUGAGCUGCUGGAUUCUGAGUUGUUGGACACUAAACUGCUGGACCUGGACCUGUUGGACUCUAAACUGUUGGUCUCUGAGCUGCUGGACUGUGAUCUGCUGGACUCUGAGCUGUUGGACUGUGAUCUGCUGGACUCUGAGCUGUUGGACUCUAAACUGUUGACUCACAUCAAAUCUGUCACCAAAGUGUACUUUCUGCCACCUCAGAAACAUUUCCAGACUCUGGCCUCGCUCACAGACUCUGUGGCCAGUGUGUCCCAACAAAACCUGAUGUUCUCGGACACAGGUCUGUUCACCAACCCCCACAUCAGGCCGGUGGACUUUUGGUCUGAGCGAAGGAUGCAGUUCAAGAUUUCAGUGGAGCCUAAAAUUACAAGCAAGAUGAACCUCCUGAUGUAA